GUGAUACAAAAAAGAAAAAGCAAACGAAGCGAAAAACAAAGAAAAGCGAGGAAAUCUAGAGAACAUAUUUUCCCGACAAGCAGAAAAACAGCAAGUCUAAUGAAAAUGGAAGUUCUCGCUGUGCAGUCAAAUUACGGCGGUGUCCUCGGCUCCAACAAAGUUCGAGAUUGGACCAGCACAUUGACACCGCCCACGUCGUCCGCCGUUGCGGCCAAGAAGGUCGCCGUUGCCGUUGGCAGCAGCAGCAGCAACAUCAACAACAACAGCAGCAGUCGCAGCCAGACUAACACUCACAGUAUUAAGCACAAGCAGCCGACGACGAGCAGCAGCAGCAGCAGCAUUAGCAAGAAAACCAAAUCGAGCAACAACAACAGCACGAACAGCAACAGCAACUUCGUGAACAACCGUUAUCCGAUCGCGAUCUCGUACGACGAACAGGACGACGAGGAGCUGUCGCUGUGCAUCGACGUCGAUGCUUCGGCUGUGAAUGCUCUCUCGCUGCGACUGCUGGACCAGCUGCGAGAGGCGAAGGCUCGCCAUUUGACGUGCACCGAAGUGUCGCUACCCUGUGAUCUCACGCCCAGCAUUGCGGCGGAAAAUCGUGUGUCGGAGAAGGAGCCGUGCGGCAUUCGUGGCUGCACCAUCUAUGUGGAAUUCGAGGAUGAGCCACAAAAUUCACGACGCAUCGCCUCACUCAAAGUCGAUCCCGAUACGGUGUCCACAUUCGAAGUGUAUUUGACACUCCGUCAGGAUCAUCGCGGCUGGGCAGCACUGCUGCCACAGUUCAUGAAGAGUCUGGCACGCACCAUUACCAUCAGUCCAGAGUAUACCAUAACGAAGCAUAAGCUUUACUCGGCCGAUGGUUUGGGCGCUCGUCGCAGCUAUAGCUUCGGCUCAAGCUCAAGCACGAGCUCAAGCUCAAGCUCAAGCCAGGCAAUAGCGACGCCAACGUUGUAAGCGAAGAGCGUGCGAUCGAGAAAGAGAGAGAGAGAGUGAGAGACAGACGGAGCCCAGCGAGUGCGAAACAUACAUAUAUAUAUAUAUAUAUAUAUAUGUAUAAAUAUAUAUAUAUAUAUAGAUAUAUAUAUAUAAAAAGAGCGCGCGUUUAACACCGCCCAACACCCCCUGUGAUGUCGAGAGCAGUAGUUAGUUGCGAGCGCAACGCGACGACGAAGCAAGUAUUCGAAGCCACCCCACCUACACAAAUACACAUACAAACACACACACAUACACACACUCAUACUAAUAUACUAGUAGGAGUUGUUCGCUCACGCGCAACUCUUUUGGAAUUCAAAUUUUUUUAUUUUUUGUUUUUUUGUAAUUGUGACUCUCACCACCAUUUUACUUAGAUGCGUAGUAGAUGCUAUCAAAAGAAAAAGAAAAACGAAAAAAUACAAGAAAAAAAAACAAAAAACAGCAAGCGAAAAAACAAAAAAACAAAUAACUAGUGUUUUAAGUUGUUUCUCCUUUUCAAAAAGCAAAUACAAAAAGAAAAAACAAAAACAAAAAUCAUUAAAAAUAAACAAGAAAAAAAAACCAUGAAAUUCAAAGACGGCGAUCCGCAAGCCUCAGCAGCAGCAGCAGCAGGAGCAGCUCUCUUUUUGGGCUGUUGCUGGGCCGCUGCGAGGGUCGCUCAGUCGACAACUCAUGAAUAUGUGAUACUGUUUAAGAUGCUAAGAGUUUUUUGCGUGCGCUCGCUCGCAAGUACGGCCAGGCAAAAAACGUUGAUAAAAUACACACACACACACACACACACUAACACACCCCCAUAUAUACACACACACAAAUACACACAUACACAUACAAAUUAAAUGUGAACAGAUUUUUUAAUUGUAUGCUAUUCUAGUAAUAAACAAACAAAACAAAAACAAAAAACAAACAAACAAAAAAAACUUGAUCUUGAUAAAUUUAAAAUUUAACAUAUUAUUAUGUACGUUUAAUAUGAGAAGCAUCUAUAUUAAAAAAAGAGCUGUAAAAAACUCCGCUGCGAUGAUCGAUCGAUUUAAAUGAUCAUCAUUCAAUGAGUGUAAUAAGUGUAGACGACGUGGAUUGAAAUGAUCCAAUUUUAGUUAGACGCAGCUUGCUGCAUUAAAAUUUUUUUAAAUUAUUUAUUAAUCUUAAUUAAACCAACAAAUUUUUAGGAUUUUAACAAAUUUUUAUAUAUUAUUAAAUGUAUAGCGCGUACAACACAAACAACAACAAAAACAUUAAAAUUACAACAAAAAAAAAAACAAAAACAAAACAAAAAAAUAUUGCUUAAAUGUUAAGGCAAAAGAAAAUAUCUCAGUAAAUGUGAAAGCGUAAAAAAUUUGUAAAAUUUUUUGUCUGUGUAAAACUCCAAUUGCGAUAAAAACAAAAAUAAAAAUAAUAAUAAUAAUUAGAAACCUAAAAGUAGCAGCAAAAAA